CCCUUGCCGCAUCAAGGCCACCCCACCACCCCCGCUCCACUCCCCACUCCCGCGUCGCCAGCCAUGUCAAAGACGAACAACAACAAGGCCAAGGUGGCGCCCUCGACGCACCUCAUCGCCGGCGGCAUCGCCGGCUUUGCCGAGGCGUGUACUUGUCACCCGCUCGACACCAUCAAGGUGCGCAUGCAGCUCUCGCGCCGCGGCAAGUCGAGCGGACAGAAGCCGCGCGGCUUCUUCGCCACGGGCGCCUACAUUGUCAAGCGCGAGACGCCUUUGGGGCUCUACAAGGGGCUCGGCGCCGUCGUCACGGGCAUCGUGCCCAAGAUGGCCAUCCGCUUCAUGAGCUACGAAUACUACAAGAACAUGAUGGCAGACAAAGCGACGGGCGCGACGAGCAGCAAGGGCAUCUUUGUCGCCGGCCUGCUCGCUGGUACGACCGAGGCCGUGGCAGUGGUGAACCCGAUGGAAGUCGUCAAGAUCCGUCUGCAGGCGCAGCAGCACUCGCUCGCCGACCCUCUGGAGGUGCCGCGCUACCGCAAUGCCGCCCAUGCGCUCUACACCAUCGUGCGAGAGGAGGGCUUCAUGACGCUCUACCGCGGCGUCGCCCUCACGGCCGCACGACAGGCGACGAACCAGGCCGCAAACUUUACGGCGUACCAAAAGAUCAAGGACUGGGCGCAGAGCUACCAGGGCACGACGGAGCUGCCUAGCUGGCAGACGGCCGGCAUUGGUCUGAUUUCCGGUGCUCUCGGUCCCUUCUCCAACGCCCCCAUCGACACUAUCAAGACGCGCAUCCAGCGCGCGAGCCGCGUCGAGGGCGAGACGGCGCUGAGCCGCGUCAUGAAGGUGGCGGGCGAGAUGUUUGCGCAAGAAGGGCCGUCGGCCUUCUGGAAGGGCAUUACGCCUCGUGUGGCGCGCGUCGCUCCUGGAAAGCGCAACAAACACCAGCAGCACCAGCCAUCUUAAUCGUCUCUUCUUUGGUUUCGCGCGUCGAAGGAAUAGCUAUAUUUCUCCUCUCUCCCCGUGCCUUCCAUGCCUCUCUCCUGUCGCUUCUCAGAUUCUUCGAUGCAGCGUCCUUUUCAUCCCCCUGUUUGUGUGUAUCCUCAGCGGGCGCUGCCCUCGUACAAGGACAUGGGUU